GUCUGAAAACAGUCAAUAACUAUAGCAAUCUAGUGUUUGACAAACCCAGAGACCCCAGCUUUUGGGAUAAGAACUUUACUGUUUGACAAAAAUUGCUGGGAAAAUUGGAAACUUAGUAUGGCAGGAAACUAGGCAUCGACCCAUACUUAACACUAUACACCAAGAUAAGGUCAAAAUGGGUUCAUGACCUAGACAAAAUGAGAUUAUAAAAUAAAUUAGAGGAACACAGGAUAGUUUACCUCUCAGACCUGUGGAAGAGGAAGGAAUUUAUGACCAAAGAACUAGAGAUCAUUACUGAUCACAAAAUAGAAAAUUUUGAUUAUAUCAAAUUGAAAAGUUUUUGUACAAACAAAACUAAUGCAGACAAGAUUAGAAGGGAAGCAAUAAACUAUGAAAAUAUUUUUAAGUCAAAGGUUCUGAUAAAGGACUCAUUUCCAAAAUAUAUAGAAAAUUGACUCUAAAGAAAUCAAACCAUUCUCCAAUUGAUAAAUGGCCAAAGGAUAUGAACAGACAAUUCUCAAAGACGAAGAAAUUGAAACUAUUUCUAGCCACAGGAAAAGAUGCUCCAAGUCAUUAAUCAGAGAAAUGCAAAUUAAGACAACUCUGAGAUACCACUACACACCUGUCAGAUUGGCUAGAGUGACAGGGAAAGAUAAUGCGGAAUGUUGGAAGGGAUGUGGGAAAACAGGGACACUGCUACAUUGUUGGUGGAAUUGUGAAUACAUCCAACCACUCUAGAGAACAAUUUGGAACUAUGCCCAAAAAGCUAUCAAACUGUGCAUACCCUUUGAUCCAGGAGUGUUUCUACUGGGCUUAUACCCCAAAGAGAUCUUAAAGAAGGGAAAGGGACCUGUAUGUGCCAAAAUGUUUGUGGUAGUGGCCAGAAACUGGAUACUGAGUGGAUGCCCAUCAAUUGGAGAAUGGCUGAAUAAAUUGUGGUAUAUGAAUGUUAUGGAACAUUAUUGUUCGGUAAGAAAUGACCAGCAGGAGGAUUUCAGAAAGGCCUGGAGAGACUUACACGAACUGAUGCUGAGUGAAACAAGCAGGGCCAGGAGAUCAUUAUAUGCUUCAACAACAAUACUAUAUGAUCAAUUCUGAUGGACGUGGCCAUCUUCAGCAAUGAGAUGAACCAAAUCAGUUCCAAUGGAGCAGUAAUGAACUGAACCAGCUACACCCAAUGAAAGAACUCUGGGAGAUGACUAAGAACCAUUACACUGAAUUCCCAAUCCCUAUAUUUUUGUCUGCCUGCAUUUUGGAUUUCCUUCACAGGCUAAUUGUACAAUAUUUCAGAGUCUGAUUCUUUUUGUACAGCAAAAUAACGGUUUGGUCAUGUAUACUUAUUGUGUAUCUAAUUUAUACUUUAAUAUAUUUAACAUCUAUUGGUCACCCUGCCAUCUGGGGGAGGGGGUGGGAGAAAGGAGGGGAAAAAUUGGAACAAAAGGUUUGGCAAUUGUCAAUGCUGUAAAAUUACCCAUGCAUAUACCUUGUAAAUAAAAAGCUAUUUAAAAAAACAAACCAAAAAAAAAAAAAAAAAAAGGUUGAAAGUCUAAUAUCUGGGAAACUCAAGGGGAACUGAAUGCUUUUGUUCCUGGAGAAUACUGAGGACUAGGGGCAAGGUACUACCCCAGAGCUGAGGAACUAGAAAUUUGGGUCCCCUCUGUGGGGAAAGGGAGCAAAAAGGAUAAAACUUGGUCUAGCCCUGGCUGGGCUCCAGCCCCUGACUCAUGCACUUUCAUUGGCACAUUUCAUCUCUGCAAUGCAGUGGGAUAGAUCAAGUAAGGGCAGCUCUAUGUAUAUCUCUCAUUCUACACAUAGUUCCUUUGUUUGGGCUUCUUUGGAUUUGGGGGGCUAUGCAGUUGGGAACACUCUAGGUCCUGUCUUUGCUCCCUAGUUUGCCUCACCCACAACUUACACCUUGCCCUGGGUUAAAUAUAACUCUGAUCUAAAGUCUGGGACAAGGAUACCAUUGCUUGCCUAGCCUAACGACCCUAUCCUGGAGGAAAUUCCAGGGACCAGGUCCAUGUCUUAGCCAUGAGCCCUCCGUCUCACUCCUACCUGGGCUCCCUACUCCUGCUGAUAACAUGGCUUUUCCCAGCAUCUGGCUUCUUUCCCAAUAUCUGGAGCCUGGUAGCUGCCCCCAGUUCCAUCACCCAUCAGGACCUGACAGAGGAAGCUGUUCUUAAUGUUACUUUACAGCUCUUCCUGGAACGGCCACCCUCUGGCAGGAAGCCGCUCCACCUAGAAGACUUCCAGGGCCGAACCCUGCUGGCUGAUGACCUCUUUGGUGCUUACUUUGGGCUUGGGACCCCAACCCGCCACUUCAGAGCAGCCCUUGGUGAGGUGGCUCGUGCCAAUGCAGCCCAGGACUUCCUUUCAGCAACCAAGCAUAACCCUGAGCUUCACUUUGAUGCAGAACGGCUAGUUGGGAGUCGGGCCCGCCUUUUGGGGAGCCUUCAGGAAGCCCUCAGUGCUGCUCGAGCCCUGGAAUACGCUUUGGCUCGCCAACACCUGGGAGCCAUGCUACACACUUUACAGGAUUUCUACAGCCACAGCAACUGGGUAGAGCUGGGAAAGCAGCAGCCCCACCCUGAUCUUCUGUGGCCAGGAAGGAAGCUCAAGAACUUGGCACAGGUUGGGGACCAGAUGUGCUCUGACUGUGAAGAGCUGAGCUGCCCUGGAAAUUUGCUGGACUCCAUAUUCCUUACCUCUGGCUAUUUUGGGGCAGAGCCUCCCAAACCUCCAGGGAAAUGUAGCCAUGGCGGCCAUUUUGACCAGAGCAGCCAUGAUAUUCCCCGAGGGGGCAUCAACAAGGACAGCACAUCUCCAACGUUCUCACCACACCAUGCUUUGCAUCCUCAAGCUGCCCAGCUUGCUUUUCAGGCCUCAAUUCAAGCCCUAAAUCUCCUCCGAGACCGUUUAGGGGAUUCAGGAUUUUCCAGGUUCCUGCAAAUCUCUCCAGCCUCAGGCCUGAGUUUUGUCCUGGACACUACAGGCAGUAUGAGGGAAGAAAUUCACGCAGCCAAAAUGCAGGCUCGGAAGAUCAUUGAUCAACAUCGUGGUGGUCCUAUGGAGCCUACCCACUACAUUCUUGUGCCUUUCCAUGAUCCUGGAUUUGGACCUGUCCUUAAGACCAGUGACCCUGAUGCUUUCUGGAAACAUCUUAAUGAGAUCCAUGCAUUGGGGGGUGGAGAUGAGCCUGAGAUGUGUCUGUCAGCCCUGGAGCUGGCCCUGCUCCAUACACCCCAGUUCUCAGAUAUCUUUGUCUUCACUGAUGCUUCCCCCAAGGAUGUUUAUCUCACUAGGCGUAUAGAGGCCCUGAGCCAGAAGCAGCACUGCAAGGUGACAUUCUUGGUGACAGAGGACCCAUCAAGGCGGAUUAGAAGGGAGGUCCUUUUCCCAAAACGGUUUAAGCCAUAUGAGGCAAUAGCCAUGGCUUCAGGAGGAGAAGUCAUUUUUACCAAGGAUAAGCAUAUUCAGAAUGUGGCAAGUGUGAUGGGGGAAAGCAUGAUGGAUAUGGUGAACUUAGCCCUUGUGCCUCCUGUCCUACCCUGUAAGGGACCUCUCGUAUUCCAUGUGGACAAGCUACUCCAUGGAGUCAUCAUCCAUCUCCAUGGAGAGAUAAGCACCUUCAGGAUCUCAGACCCCACAGGUAUUUCUCAGGAUAUAUAUCAGGAUCAGGGGCCUCUGGGUCAUAUUCAGUGUUUUGGUCAGUUUUGGACAGUCAAUCUAAAAGACCCUCCUCAGGUUGGGGCCUGGAUGAUAGCCAUCACAGCACAGGGGACACCUGUAGUAAGAGUGAAAGCUAAGACUUCCCUGGAUUUCCUCUUCUCUUUUGGGAUUCCUAUUGAGAAUGGACCCCAUCCUGGCCUUUAUCCUCUAAGCCAACCAGUUACAGGUCUCCACACUCUGCUUCUAGUUGAAGUGAUGGGAUUGGUUUCUGACAUUCUUGAGAUGAAUCAUUUUUACAUUAUCCUUCGGGGCAGCUCAGAGGGUGAAGAGUUGGGCCAUGUGGCCUUGGAAACCACUGGAAUCCCCAAACGGGGACUUUUCACUGCCCUCCUGGACCCCAAGCUUCUCCUCAUCCAAAGACCUUUCUUCCUGGAAUUGAUUGGCCAGGAUGAUAGGGGAUCCAGUCUUCAGAGAGUAGCCUCUCAGCCUUGUAUUGUGGUUCCUGUCCUUCUUGAGCUCAGUGGUCCUUCUAAUCCUCUUAGCCCUGGCCACCAAGCUCUGCUCAGCCUCCGAAUCUCUAGCUUCUCAGGACCCUGGGAUCUCAUCAUUACAGCGUCUGUCAGGCCCAGCUUUCCCUUCACCUGCAACCUCUCUAGGGUUCAUCUGGAGAAGAAUGAAUCAGUCUGGGGGCAAAUCUGGUUCCAGGUUCCAGGCUCAGCCACACUGGAUUCAUUAGUGACAGUGAUAGUGACAGCAGAAACCAUGUCCAAUGACUCUUCCCCCCCUGCACAUGCUUUUCUUCAGCUCUUUGUGCAGUCUUUCUCCCAACAGGAGCAGCUGGAUGAUCCUGGCCCCUCCUCAAGACCGAGUCACAAUAUAGCUAGGCCAGAGCUGUACACUUCUACUCUGAAGCCACAAAGGGAUGGGGCUGAGGGUACCAUUAGAGCUGAGCCUUGGUGGAGGUUGCUGCUGAUGCUUAGCAUAGCAACCUGGUGAUAACCUUCCUGUCCACAUCCCCAAACAUGGUGCUGGGUAGGAAAGGGAGGCUGUGUCUAUGAACCUGUUCAGAUCCUACUAGUGAGGGGCUCUGACCCUGCUCCUCCUCUACCUCCAGAAGUUGUGGUUUCUCCUUCAACUCAUGGCAUUCAUUUUGUUUUCUUUCAGUUAAAAGCAUUGGUGUGGAAGAAGAGGUCAGGGGAGAGAAAGAUUUUCCUAAAUUGCACUAUUUUGUCCUCUUUAUUUAUUAAGCUUUUUUGGGAAUCAAAGAAAAGACUUGUUUUUGGAGAAAAUUAAUUUUGUUGCCUUAACCCUCUCCCCCUCUUUCCCUCUAUCCCUUCUCUCUAGUCCAGGGACUGUUGAUUAUGGAAAUUUUAAUGUGGGGCCUGAAUCAGUUUCUGUUUUAUUUUUUAUUCUGUUUUAUUAUUCCCCACAUUUUGUAGGGAAAGAUGACCUUAAUAAAUCCUCAAUAAAU